UUUGCAGAAUCGCUGGCGCCCGAAAGAUCUCUCUCUGAGAGUUGAGGUCGGGCACGAAAUGAGAUAUCGGACCGAUCGCUCGAGCUGUUUUCGGAGUUUAGUUCAAGAGUCGAUCGCAGCACAGCUCAGAUGUCGCCUUCGCCACUGUUGUAAGCAUCAAGCAAUAAUAAGUGGCCGUAGUGGUGGUGGGAUGGAGAGAAGGGGAAGAGGUUGGUAGGUUGUCUUGCUGGCAUCGCAUUACUUUAGCGGAAGACAAAGAGAUUGUCAACUGGAGAAGAGGGAGGGAUGCGACCAUGGCGCUCCAAUGAGGCUGCAGUGGUUUUGAUUUGAAUCAAGUUGCUGCCUUUCUUGUGUUCUCCCGUGGAUUGAGGCAAUACUUCAUGGAGGCGAGCGCGGGGCUGGUUGCCGGCUCGCACAACAGAAACGAGCUAGUGGUCAUCCGGCGCGAUGGGGAAUCGGGGCCGAGACCGCUGCAACAGCUGAGCGGGCAGGUGUGCCAGAUCUGUGGCGACGACGUCGGCCUCACCGUCGACGGCGAUCUCUUUGUCGCGUGCAACGAAUGCGCCUUUCCUAUUUGCAGGACUUGCUACGAAUACGAGCGACGGGAAGGCAACCAAGUCUGCCCUCAGUGCAAGACCAGAUUCAAGCGGCUCAAAGGAUGCCCUCGUGUGCCUGGGGAUGAAGAAGAGGAUGGUGUUGAUGAUCUUGAACAUGAGUUCGAAUGGGGAGAUGACCAUGACUCACUGUACAUGGCAGAAGCAAUGUUGCACGGUCACAUGAGCUAUGGCCGUCAGGGUUACAUAAACAACCCUCAUGUGGCUCAUCCUCUGCCCCAAGUCCCACUACUCACCAAUGGCGAGAUGGUCGAUGACAUUCCUCCAGAGCAUCAUGCUCUUGUUCCUUCUUUCAUGGGCGGGGGAGGGAAAAGGAUUCACCCUCUACCCUUUCCAGAUCCCAAUCUUCCAGUGCAACCUAGAUCCAUGGACCCCUCCAAGGAUCUUGCUGCUUAUGGAUAUGGAAGUGUGGCUUGGAAGGAGCGUAUGGAGAGUUGGAAGCAAAAACAAGAGAAAUUGCAAAUGACCAGGAGCCAUGGUGGUGAUAAAGGCUGGGAUAACAACGAUGAUGAGUCUGAUUUACCAUUAAUGGAUGAAGCUAGACAACCACUAUCCAGAAAACUUCCAAUCUCUUCCAGCAAAAUAAACCCAUACAGAAUGAUAAUCUUAAUCCGACUGGUAGUUGCUGGGUUCUUCUUCCAUUACCGAGUUACAAACCCUGCAAAAGAUGCAUAUCCAUUGUGGCUUAUAUCCGUCAUAUGUGAAAUCUGGUUUGCUGUUUCUUGGAUUCUUGAUCAGUUUCCUAAGUGGCUUCCGAUUGAAAGGGAAACUUAUCUUGACAGAUUAUCAUUGAGGUAUGAAAAAGAAGGGCAACCUUCUCAAUUAGCUUCAAUUGACAUAUUUGUGAGUACAGUUGAUCCAAUGAAGGAACCACCUUUAAUUACUGCAAACACAGUGCUAUCAAUCCUUGCUGUGGAUUACCCGGUUGAAAAAGUAUCUUGCUAUGUCUCUGAUGAUGGUGCUGCUAUGCUGACAUUCGAAGCAUUGUCUGAAACAUCGGAGUUUGCUAAAAAAUGGGUUCCAUUCUGUAAGAAAUUCAAUAUAGAGCCCCGUGCACCAGAGUGGUAUUUUCAGCAAAAGAUUGAUUAUCUGAAGGAUAAAGUCCAUCCUUCUUUUAUAAAAGAAAGAAGAGCAAUGAAGAGAGAAUAUGAGGAAUUUAAGGUACGAAUAAAUGCCCUGGUUGCAAAAGCACAAAAGGUACCUGAAGAAGGAUGGACGAUGCAGGAUGGAACACCCUGGCCUGGAAAUAAUGUGCGUGACCAUCCAGGCAUGAUUCAGGUCUUCCUUGGGCAAAGUGGUGGGCUUGACAUUGAUGGAAAUGAAUUGCCACGUUUGGUUUAUGUCUCAAGAGAAAAGAGGCCAGGUUUCAACCAUCACAAAAAGGCUGGAGCCAUGAAUGCGUUGGUUCGAGUUUCUUCUGUCCUUACAAAUGCACCCUAUCUCCUGAAUGUCGAUUGUGACCAUUAUUUCAACAAUAGCAAGGCAAUACGAGAAGCAAUGUGUUUCAUGAUGGAUCCACUUGUAGGAAAGCGAGUGUGCUAUGUGCAGUUUCCGCAGAGGUUUGAUGGUAUCGAUCGACAUGAUCGAUAUGCUAAUCGAAACAUUGUCUUUUUUGAUAUCAAUAUGAAAGGUUUGGAUGGGAUUCAAGGACCUAUUUAUGUGGGUACUGGAUGUGUUUUUAGAAGACAGGCUCUAUAUGGAACUGAUGCUCCAAAGAAAAAGAAGCCUCCAAAUAGAACAUGCAAUUGCUGGCCUAAAUGGUGCUGCUGUAGCUGCUGUUGUACUGGUGGGAGGAAGAAGAAAGCAGCAAAAGCUAAGCAAGAGAAGAAAAGGUUUAGUUCUAAGAUUGCUGAGAAUGGAGCACCUGCAUAUGCUCUUGACAGCAUCGAAGAAGGUACCAAAGGAAAUGAAACUGAAAAAUCUAAUAUGACAGCGGGGCAGAAGUUAGAAAAGAAAUUUGGGCAGUCUCCUGUUUUUGUUGCAUCUACUCUCCUAGAGAAUGGGGGAACACUUAAAGGCGCUACCCCAGCUUCAUUGUUAAAGGAAGCUAUCCAUGUUAUUAGCUGUGGUUAUGAAGACAAGACGGACUGGGGAAAAGAGAUUGGAUGGAUCUAUGGUUCAGUAACAGAAGAUAUAUUGACUGGUUUCAAGAUGCAUUGCCAUGGGUGGCGAUCUAUAUAUUGUGUGCCAUCAUUAGCUGCCUUCAAAGGUUCUGCGCCUCUCAAUCUCUCUGAUCGUCUUCACCAGGUGCUUAGGUGGGCUCUUGGUUCUGUUGAAAUUUUCUUGAGCAAGCACUGCCCUCUUUGGUAUGGAUAUGGAGGUGGGCUUAAAUGGUUGGAGAGGAUGUCAUACAUUAAUGCCACUAUCUACCCAUGGACUUCAAUUCCUCUCUUGGCGUACUGUACCUUGCCUGCUGUUUGCUUGCUUACUGGAAAAUUUAUCACCCCAGAGCUUUCCAAUGUAGCAAGUCUUUGGUUCUUGUCGCUUUUCAUUUGUAUCUUCGCAACUGGCAUCCUUGAAAUGAGAUGGAGCGGUGUUGGCAUUGAUGACUGGUGGAGAAAUGAACAGUUUUGGGUUAUUGGAGGUGUUUCCUCGCAUCUCUUUGCUGUGUUUCAGGGGCUUCUAAAGGUUCUUGCCGGCAUAGAUACCAGUUUCACUGUGACAUCAAAGGGUGGUGAUGAUGAAGAUUUCUCCGAAUUGUACACAUUCAAGUGGACAACAUUGCUCAUCCCUCCUACAACAUUGCUUAUUGUGAACUUCAUCGGCGUUGUAGCUGGUGUCUCCAAUGCAAUAAACAAUGGAUAUGAAUCAUGGGGACCUCUAUUUGGGAAACUCUUCUUCUCCUUCUGGGUGAUCGUUCACCUGUAUCCCUUCCUCAAAGGUCUGGUCGGCCGACAAAAUCGGACGCCUACAAUUGUCAUCGUCUGGUCCAUUCUCCUUGCAUCAAUUUUCUCAUUGCUAUGGGUACGAAUAGAUCCGUUCCUGCCGAAAUCAGAUGGUCCUCUCUUAGAGGAGUGUGGAUUAGAUUGCAACUGAGCACGAGGUCGAUCUGCAUUCUGAUGCCCCUGGACUACAAUUCACUCAUUGGCAUUGUUGCACAGUAAACUACACUACAUUCACACCAGUGUACAUGGAGUUCUGCAUUCAUUAAUAGAUAGGAAGACAGUGUGCUACAGCAUUUUUGUUCUCCCUUUGUACUUCAGCUCUGAACUAGUAUCGCUGAAAUAGUGAGAUUGCUUGUUUGUGCAAGAGCAGCAGCUGUUGCAGUUUUAGCUGGAUGAAUGGCAAGAGGAAGGGUGAGCUUUGUUGGUGUAUUCUUCCAGUCAAUCUGUACAUUGAUUCAUCACAAUAAGGCAUGCCUUCCUCGAUACUUCAAACAUUCUGUUGGUUGAAUUUACAUUCGGCCCUUUGGGUGAUUAUUUA